ACGUGACCAGCUGGUAUUCAGAGAAGAAGAAGGCCUACUGCAGACAGUACAUAGCUAACGUUGCUGCGAAAAAGAAGAAAAUGGAAGAUUUACCUGAGCCAAUUCGUGAACCAGAAAUCAAAUAUACACAGAUCUUCAUUAACAAUGAGUGGGUAGAUUCAGUAAGUGGUAAGACCUUCCCGACCAUAAACCCCAGUACCAAACAGAAGAUCAUAGACGUACAGGAAGGGGAUAAGGCGGAUAUUGAUAAAGCUGUCGCAGCAGCAAAAGAGGCCUUUAAACUUGGAUCACCAUGGCGACGAAUGGAUGCAAGCAAGCGUGGGAAGCUGCUGAUGAAGUUUGCUGAUUUUUUAGAGAGAGAUGCCUUGUACAUUGCUAGUUUAGAAACUCUAGACAAUGGCAAACCAUUCAAGAUGGCAUAUGGUGAGGUGUUCUUCUCGGCUGACUGUAUCCGAUAUUAUGCUGGCUGGGCUGACAAGAUACACGGCAAAACCAUCCCAAUUAAUGGAGAUUUCUUCAGCUUCACCAGACAUGAACCUAUUGGUGUCUGUGGCCAGAUUAUUCCUUGGAACUACCCUGUUCCUAUGUUUGUCUGGAAGAUAGCCCCAGCCUUAGCCACUGGGAAUGUAGUGGUGGUGAAACCGGCGGAACAAACCCCACUAACAGCUCUGUAUUGUGCUCAACUUCUGAUGGAGGCUGGUUUUCCGAAAGGUGUUAUCAACGUGGUGCCUGGCUAUGGCCCAACAGCAGGCGCAGCAAUCUCGUCCCAUAUGGAUGUAGGAAAAGUGGCCUUCACAGGAUCGACGGAGGUCGGCCAGUUAAUCAUGCAGGCUGCUGGGUGUUCAAAUCUCAAACGACCAACACUUGAACUUGGCGGCAAAAGUCCUAAUAUCAUCUUCUCUGAUGCAGAUUUGACUACUGCUGUGGAUUUUGCCCACGAGGCAGUAAUGACUAACAUGGGACAGUGUUGUAUAGCAGGAAGUCGAACAUUUGUACAAGAGGAUAUCUAUGACGAAUUUGUCAAGUUGAGCGUGGCCAAAGCUGAAAGCCGAAAGGUCGGCAAUCCAUAUGAUGAAGGCACACAAAGUGGACCUCAGGUGGAUGAUGAACAAUUCAAGAAAAUUUUGGAAAUGAUUGAAUCUGGAAAGAAGGAGGGAGCAACGUGUGAAUAUGGUGGUGAAAAGGCCAGUGAUGAGGGAUACUUCAUCAAGCCGACAGUGUUCUCAGGGGUACAGGACAACAUGAGAAUCGCCAAGGAGGAGAUAUUUGGGCCUGUCCAGCAGAUUUUGAAAUUCAAGGAUAUGGAUGAAGUCCUGGAGCGGGCCAAUAGUACUCAUUAUGGUCUUGGUGCUGCCAUCUUCACCACAAACAUUGAUAAGGCUAUGACCUUUGUACAAGGGGUCAAGGCUGGUACUGUCUGGGUAAAUUGUUACAACGUUGUCAAUCCCCAGGCUCCUUUCGGAGGAUUUAAGAUGUCUGGUCUUGGCAGGGAGCUUGGUGAAUAUGGUCUACAGAACUAUUUGGAAGUAAAAAAUGUUGUCAUGAAGGUCCCGGAGAAGAAUUCUUAGACACCAAGUUUUCAAAUGUUUCCUUCCUUAGUGAAGGGACACUGCUGAAUUUGUAAACAUUUCAAUUUUUUCCCACGUAAUAUUGAUAAAACUGCUUCUUUUACCAAAUGCGUAAUUUUUUAGAAUAAAUUUAGAGCAGUUGCUGCUGUUGUUACUGUUUGAAACAACCUUCCUGAAAAAAUCUUGACAGCUGAUAGGAAAUAGAUUUUGUGUUCCUGUGUUGUGGAAUUAGUGCUGAUCAUUGUUUUAAUAUGUUUUCAAUAUUUAGUCAAAAAAUCGAAUUAAUCAAAAUAUGUGAUUUAAUUCAAAAGUUAUAUUAUUUUCCUGUUUUGGGAAGAGAGGGUUGUUAAUUUUCCAUUUCUGUAUGUAACAGUUUUAUGUUUAACUCUUCAUUUGUGUUUCAGCUUAAUUGAUACAUUUCUAAGAUAUGUCUUUUUAGUAAUGUUAUUGAAAAUUGACAAAACACAUCUGUUAAUUAUUGUCAUAUAUCUCCAGAAAUACAACAGGUUGUUUUAGUUAACAUUCCCUUUGUCAUAAAAUCUUUUGUUUGAUUAGUUAAUAUUCUCUUUGUCAUAGAUUCUUUUGUUUUGGUUUAUUUUCUUUUUGUCAUAUAACAAAUGGCCCAUUUGUAAGAAAGCAAAGAAAGACCCUAGGAGGUUCAGAAUAAGAAUUUACGAAGUUCUUAACAUUAAAUUUUUACUUUCUUCGUAUAAAUGUAAGUGACAUUAUUAUAAUAACCUUUUGUCCAAACAAUGUCUACAGGUAAUUUUUUUCGUACAUGAAAUGCACAUAUUUGUUAUACACACCAAGAAUCUAGUUAUGACAUCAAGUAUUUUGGUAUGGAAUUUAACAAGAAUUCCGAUAUCUUUAGAUUCAGUCAGUUUUGUCAAUAUUUACGUUUUUAUGCUUUGUUUCGCUUUUAGAUAGAAUUUGAUUUUGUAGCUAUUCAGAGAUGUGUUCUUAUAUAUCAUAUAUAUUGGGUUGAUUCGUUUAUAUCAAUUAUUUGAAAUCUAUUGUCAAAGUGCUUCAGGUAUAUAUAGUCAUAUUUCAUAUAUAUAUAUAUAGUAUUUUACUGUUUUAAAAAUCCUAUUGGUGCAAUGAUUUAAUAUGAUUACGCUUUACACAGUUUCAUAAAAAUCAAAACUGAAUUUACCUCAUUUUGUUGUCUUGUCUGCAACAAAGUCUUGAAGCGAGACUAUGGUUUUACUUAAUUCCCAAUGUCGAUGGUAUUAUCAAUGUUAUCAACUUUUUACUUAAAAGUUCAGCGUUCAGAUUCAUUGCUCAAAAACAUGUCCCACCUUUAACUAAUCUUAUAGUUAGAUGUCAUAGUGGAAAUCUCAAUACACUCUUCAUUAAAAAAAUUUCCCUCAAUUGACUCUGGAAAAUAGAGAUUCUGAGAAUCUAGACUUUGUAAGUUUUGUUUUAUUUAACUCAUUUUCUCAAUAAAGAUCAAUGUUAUUCCAUCCAAACCUGGAAUAUGGUUGCAUUGUGGUACAGUGUAUUGACAUCUCGAUACACCCAACAGAUUACAUGAAUUUUAUUUUUUUGCUGUAAUUUUGGGUAACAUGUAAAAAACCUUAGAUUUAGAGAAAAUUAUAUGAAAAAAAUUUUGCUUCUCCUAUUGAUUUUUACAAAUAAGUUAAUAGCCAAAUUGGAAUUAAUUCUGUAAUAAAUCUGACUUUGUUACUUCUUACUUUUUAGAAAGAGUGAUUUUGGUAAAAAUGACCUAUUCAGUGAAUCUUGAGAACUAGAAGAUGAUUUUGCGAAAUUUGAUGUUUGGUUUGAAAUACCUCAAAACUUGCAUGUCAUUUUAUACAAGGUAUUGUCAUACUUUCAAGUGGGGUUAUCUUUGUUGUUUUUUGAAAAAAUACUGAAAUAUUUGUGAAUCAAAGUUUGACAGGCAAGGCAUGAAAUUAUGUACGAUUGUUGUAAUAGUAGAAUUGUAGAAGCUUGGAAACAAAUAAUUAAAAAACAAAUCUUUGAUAGUUUCUAAUUCAGCACUUGAUUUGGAUUUUUUUUAUAUAAAUUAAGUGCCUUUCUAACAAAUUUGAUCCAUGUAUUCUGAUCCCGUAUUUUUUCAUCAUCAGUUGAAAUUGUAGCCAAGCAGAACAGUAUUAAAUAUCAUUAUUGCACACAUUGUAACUAUACUUGAGGUUUAUUGUAAUAUUAUCACAUUACUGUUCACAUGAAAUUGUAAUCAUACAAUAACUACACUUCAAUAACAAAAUACGACAAUCUAUUAAUAACUUGUUGGCCAAGUUCCUUUUGGCAUUUUUUUACCGCUAGUCUGUGUUGUUUUAUACAAACCUGUUAGUCCAGAGAUCGAUAGCUAGACUGGUGGUCAAUAUAUAGAAUAGAUGUCUCUAGGUAUACAUUACUCUCUCCAAAUACACCGAUUAAUAUAAUGAUGACAUGAUUAUAAUAUGUAGUAUACUUUUGUAUUGCUUGUACAUCUAGACAGGUUUUUGAUAUAGGGUUCAUAUGUUGUUUACCAUCUUGUUGAGUUGCAUGAUCAUAUUGUUUAGAUAAUGUGAAAUAAAGUAAUUGUUUGGAAACAUU